AUGUCAAGUUUAACAGUGAGAAGGGUAUCGCGUGAAGAUAUACAACUGGUUCAGAAUUUAAUAGAACGAUGCCUCCAGCUUUACAUGAACCAGAAAGAAGUUGUCGACACUCUACUGGAGCAGGCUAAGAUCGAACCUGGUUUUACAGAACUAGUUUGGCAGAAGCUUGAAGAAGAGAAUCGGGAAUUUUUCAAGGCGUAUUAUCUGAGGCUCAUGGUGAAGCACCAGAUAAUGGAAUAUAACAAGCUGCUUGAGCAGCAGGUACACCACAUGCGCCAGACGCAUCCUACCGGAGUUUCUUCCGUACAGAACAUGAAUGGUUCUCAUGCUCCAUCAAUGAAUCAGCAGCAGUUAUGCUUUGCACCCAAGGACUCAAAUCAAUCUUCUCCUAAUCUAUCAAGUGCAUACCUCAACGGAGGCUCGGCGCUUAACACAGACAUACCUUCUUCUGUGGACUUUGCAACCCAUUCUAGAAGAGUUGAUCCUCCACCAAACAUGCUCUCCUUGCAGGCUACAAAUAUGCCUUUGAUGCAAGGAAUGAUCAAAUCCGAGACCGCAUAUUCAAACUGUGCCCCGUACAUUUAUGGUGGUGAAGCACAUUCCACAGUUGGAGAUGCCUCCAUUGCGUCUUUCAGCAAUGAUUCCAGCAGCCAAUCCCUCAAUGAUCCACUUGUUGAUGCAGACGCUUCUACAUUUGGGUUCUUGGGUCAAAUUCCUCGGAACUUCAGCCUCUCUGAUCUUACUGCUGAUUUUUCCCAGAGUUCAGAGAUUCUGGAGAGCUACGACAAAUCACCAUUCCUUUUGGCUGAUGCUGAAAAAUUCCUGGACUCUACCGAAAGGGUAGAAAAUCAAGGAGACCACGAGAGAUUGGGGACCAUAUCUGGAGGCUUCAGUUACGAAAACCUCAAAUAG